AUGUUACCUCCAACCAGAGUCCAGAUCAAGAGGAAGGCCACUGAGGAUCCUGUGGAGAUUUUGCGUGUGCACGAUGAACUUGCCAGGGGUCGAAAUGCUGGCCAGUUUAUAUUCAAGCGACAACGAAUCGUCCAGGGCUCGCGACCAAAUGCAUUCACCGUCGCGGACUCUGCGGGAUAUACAUCUGCUCUAGAAAAUGGCCCGAGAGCACCACAGGUUAAAACCAGCCAACCAGGGGAUGAAUUUAGAGACCAGCCGGGCCGAAACCUGAGCAACACCCAGCCUGCUGUCCCUCCGGAGACGCGGCACGUUACAAUGAGACAGGAUGAAGUUGGAGCUGUGCCACCCGCGAAUAAUAGAGGGCUCCGGACGUAG